AUGGAUCGAGAUUCUGCGUCCCGGUCUGGGCAACGACGUCCCACGAGCCCCGAGACACAGCCAGCCCCCACGGGGGACGUAUCCGCCGACGAGGCAGAGAAGCGACGCGAGCGCAAGCGCUUCACAGACCGAGUCGCUCAGAGGCAACACCGGAAACGCCAGAAGCUUCAUAUCGAGGAACUCGAGGCUCAGCUCCGCGUGCUCAAGGCCGGCGGCCAGUCGGAGGUGGCUCAGCUCACCGCGCGCAAUGCUCGCCUUUACGAUGAACUGAAGCAACUCUACGGUCUCUGGGAUGAGAUGGAAGGCCUGCUACAGCGGCAAAGAUCGUUGAGACACGAGUCAGCCCUGAAAGAAACCUGGGACGCGCAGUCACCCCGGCCUCAUCCCCAAAACGUCACCCUGGCAGAAGCUAUUCCAAAUGAGGACUUCAUGGAAGGGUUGGACCCCGAUAACCUUCGCGGAGCCACGCAUCCGGUAGAUUUGACCAGUCGGCAACCUGCAGAGACAGAGCACACCCCGAUGGAUAUACUCCUCGACUUGGAGGACAAGGGCGAGUCUGAUGAAGCGUUGGGUGGUCCGGUACAGGUCUCGCCCGUAACUGCCAUCGCACCUCAAGCAGAUGGAGAUCCGGGGACGCCACCGGGCAAUACAGCUGAUUUCAUUCCCCAACUUCGUCCAUCAUCUGGCACGACAGCUCAAGACCCUCUGCCUGUCUGUGUUGACCCGGCCUUGUACGACGAUCUUCACCCAGCCGAUGUGAACUGUCCCGCUGCAAACUCCGAAGGCGAUCCUGCCAUGGACUGGUUCCAUCUCUACGAGCAAUUGGAGAGCGGACCAUCUAGUCUACCUCCACACAUCAACACCCACGUCUCCCAGGGGACUACGAACUUACCCAGGGUUGAAUCGACUGGCACUGCAUCUCUAGCCCCGCUGUCGCGGCACCAUGAUGCCAUGUUGGAGCUAGAAAGCCUUCAUACAAAUUCCCGGAGAAGUCAAUCGGACCACCAAUCGGAUAACAGUUCAUCCCUCAACACACAGUGCCUACCGUCUUCAUUCUCGACCAUCGGUGACUUCAGACCUCAUGUUAAUGGUUCAUCUCGACGUGAGACAUCAUCAACACCAUCUCUGCACUCUAUCGAGAACAUCCUCGACCUUCUAGGGGUUUGCAUGAACCAAUGGAUCCCUCCACCAAUGCCGGUACCCAUGGUGGCCAUGCAGCAAUCUCGGGCCCUCCCUCUGAUUCUGGUGCCACCGCUACCUAGAGACAAGCAGGCCCACGUUAUUCUCGAACGUGCCCGUGCAAAUAUAUCGACCAUUGGGCCCCCAACUCUUUCCGAUUUCCUAUUCGAUGACCCCAAAAACACGCUAUCGGUUGAUCUGAAGACCUUGCUAGCUCCUGUCAGGCAGUCGAGGAGAACUUCCGAGUUUUUAGCUACCUACUGGGUUCUAUAUCUCCUUCUUCGGUGGCAAGUAAUUCAAGAUGAAUCAGCCUACCACAGUGUACCCAGCUGGCUGCGUCCGACCCAAUUACAGCUAACAGUUCCGCAUCCACUCGCAGCAGACCUCAUCCCAUGGCCCGAGAUACGAGAAGAGCUCAUCCACAUGUCACUUUCCGAUGAGACGGGUCCAUACGAUGUCUCGCUCGAUAUAAUUCGGUACAUGACGGUGGAUAUUCACACGCUGGAGCACACGGGGUUGAAAGACCACACUCGACUUGAAGCCGCCAUUUUGGAUUUGAAAAACUGGAAUCUCAGCGAAGAGUUCUUUGAUCGAUACCCUCAAUGGAAGGGGCUUGAGGCGCGAAGUGGUAGGAUGCGGCACCAAUCAAGAGCUAUGGAAGCUGGGGUUUUCUAA